AUGACGGAUCACAAAGUUCGGAAACGCCAGGAACGGACGUACCUGUGCACUGCACUGGAUAAAGCUGCCGACCAGUUCACUGGAAACAACUUCAAAAGCAUUCCCCAUGCAAUCAAGGCGAUACUUGAAUUCUACUCCAAGGACGUGGACAUUGGAAAGCAGUCAAGGGAAGAGAACCUGACGCAAAAGAUCCUUUAUGCAGCCAAGCGAGAGAAUGUCAAGUCCACGGCUUUCUUGAAAGACUGGAGUUCACUCAAGUCGAGGUUUGACCUCUACCGUCAAUUCGUUCAAGAGCAAGCACUGCAAAGUGACGGUAAUACUCAACCAAUUCCGGCGACAGGCACAAAGUUGAAGUUUGUCUUAGGCCAAACAAGUACCAAGAAGUCAGCACCGACCGGCGCUCAGGGCGAUGACGAGGACGACGGGGAGUCCAUUGCGUCUACGACCAGGGAUGAGUCCGAUCCAGAAGAUGGAACAUACACCGAACCGGAGGUCGACCGUCCGCGUACCACAGUGUCCGAGAAGAAAGACACCGCUACAAAACCUGGCAAGACCGCAUCAGCAGAUUUGAAAGCCAGAUUGAUUGCAAGCACUUUGCAGCCAUCGAGCCCACACAGAGCACCAGCAGCGUCGAAAGCCAAGUCAACUGCCAGCACUUUGCAUCCAUCGAGCCCCAAUAGCGCACCAUCAGAUCCGAAAGUCAGAUCAACCGCCGGUACCUUGCAACCAUCGAGCCCACACAGUGCACCACCAAGUACUAAAUUCCGGCUUGGCUAUGGUGACCCUCCAAAUCACAAAGAUAUUGCCAUGGAGCUGGACUGCGUUUUGCAAAGUCUGGAUCAAGGGAUUCGACACUUUCACGAAGUCCAUGCACUGGUCAAGCUGACUCCCACGAGACUCACAAAUGAUUCUGUGGCCUUGAGCAGGGAGCUCCUCCGACCGUCGAAGGACCAGAUUCACCGAGUCGAGCAGAAUUUGGCCGCUUUAUUCGCCAACGAGGCUAUCACGAUGGAUCUUGUCUUCCGCAGUUAUGCCGCAGCCGCCGUGAACAAAUGGGUCUUCAACGACUUCAACGACUUCAUCGAUAUCCCGGAUAGCCAGAUACUCAGUAGCGUGCGUGAGUUGGACCGCGGUAUAUAUGACCAACUCAAGGUCAUGGAACGGACAAGAUUCCUCGACAAUCUGAAGGCCACGAUACCGCAACAAGCCAUAGAUGCUGAGCGAAAAUUGCUCGAUAUCCUCGAAAGCCUAGGCAUCUCUGCGGCUAGUGUUGCUAUCGGUAUGGUGGAGCCUACAGCUGCAAAUCGUCCUCAGGGUACCGUCGAACAUCGAGCUGAGCAACACGGUUUCUGGCAAGACAGAGUAAGGUCGGCAUUCUCACAGGCGCUGAAUCUGAGGCUCAAGCUCGCUCGAAGCCCUAUGGGAUAUGUAUACCGUUGGCCCUGUGUCGGAUGGGGUUUCGACAAAAAGUGGAUGCGGUCUGUGCAUGACGAGAGAACCCCCGAGGUCGAAGCUUCGGCCCCCGUCCUCCUUUGUCUGCGUCCAGCAAUUUGGAGCUCCUACAACAAUGAUCUCCUCUUGAUUGUGCCAGCCUUGGUGAUGUUUCAAGGCUUUGGUGCUCCAGCGGCUGGAAAGAUACCAUUUCUGAACCGAGCAUUGUGAGUCGAUAUGAGGCGACGGAGAAGCAAAGAAAUGGAGCUUGGUGAUAUGAGAACUGGAAGGGUUGAAAUAGUGCUUGGGGAAUUGUCACCGCUGGACGGUUGGACAGCACCCGUUGCAAUGGAUGUCGAAAUACCCUGUGUCGACAGGGCGCAUACCACUUUCCAUGAGGGUCUGGGCGAGCUUGAUUUAUCGUUGCACGAGAAUUAGAAAGCAUGAAUUCGGACCACUGAAUGUCAGAUGGCCCUGAAGCACAAUGU